AUGAAAUGGUUUGAGGGUGGAAUAGUUGAAGCAAUUGCGAUAAGUCGCCAACAGAAUGCUCUCUUCAUCGUCAACAUUCAGGAGCCACCGGAGAAUAAUGAUGAACAAAGUAUGCGAAUGGCACAGCUCUGGGAUAGUAUUGAUAAUAAUAUUUGUCAGCCAGCUUUGGUCGGCAUACGUAUUUUCCAAGGGACCGAGGCAGCAAAACAAUUUGCCCAGAUAUAUCCUGUGUUUGUUGUACCAGCAUCGUAUGUUAUUGACUUGAAAGGAAAGCCUUUAGAUACUUUAAACAAUGCUCAUCAAUCUUCAUCGUCCAUAUUAGCUGGAGGUAGCAAAUCAGAUAAAGAGACAGAAAGAAAAGAAUCGACAGAUGUCAGCAUGGAUGAAAAGAUAAAGAGAGCACAUGAACUGCUUGAAAAGAAACGUGAAGAAGAUGAAGUUAUGAAGAAAAGUGAAGAAAAUCAGAAAGAGAUCAAGAGAAGAAAUUUGGGCAAACUGACGGCAGAAGCAAAAGUGUCACGUGAGGAACGCGAAAGGCGCGAGAUGAUAGAACAAAAGAAUCAGGAAAAACGUGAGAAAGAAGCUUACCUAAAGAAAGUUCGUGAGCAGAUUAAGGCAGAUAAAGAAGAACGAAUGAAUGGAAUGUUGGGCAAUGUUGUGGAGCGCAAGCAGAAAGCAAAGCCUAUAGAACAUCAGACUGAGUUGCAGUCUUCAGAUAGUUCUGAAUGUCGUAUUCAAUGCAAAUUUCUCGAUGGUUCCACUUUGGUACAUCACUUUGCUUCUACAGAUAUCUUUUCUCAGCUUGUGGAAGUAAUCAAAAAGGAUGGACGUCAAGGUGAUGAUUUUUAUAUAAUGCAAAUGUAUCCAAGGCGAGAGUUCCCUGACAUCACACAAACAUUUGCUGAACUGGGUUUAACGCCAUCUGCGACUGUCCUCGUACUUUCUAAAUGCAAGCGAACAGUGGCUACUUACGGUGGUUCCAGAUGGAUCGGACUACUUCAGUAUGCUAUUGCAGCUCCAUUUCAAGCUUUAUAUCGUGUCCUGCUUUAUAUAAUUGGUUAUAACGGUCCUACAUCGUCGGUGAUCGAAGCAACUAAAUCCAACGUCUCUAGCACUGUACCGAACAAAGUUCGCAAACCAAAAGAAAAUAGUGAACGCCACCGAGACCAUGUUAGACAAGAAGGUAACUUUCGAAGAUUCCAUAACAAAGAGGAUUCUUCACACUCAGAUGAUGAAGCCAGGUGGAAUGGUAAUUCAACUCAACAACUGUGA